AUGGCUCACCCCGAAGAUGCAUGGGAGGAUGGUUCGUCGGCUUCUUCGGUCUCGUCGACCGGGACGUUGGUCCCGUCGCCCACGCGCCAUUUAUUUGCCCGAACGGGACGACGACAGUCAUCUCAAACCUCUUUAACAUGGACGGAUUUCUUUGAGCAGGAGCUCUUUUUGCCGGAGGAAGUGGGCAAUCUUCAUAUUGUUCACCAUGUCUAUUUAACACCACCGACCGAAUCAGGUCCGCUAUUUGUCAUGCAUCAUGGAGCCGGCUCAUCCGGUCUAUCCUUCGCAACAUGUGCAGAAGAGAUUCGGAAGAUUCUCCCGAAGGCGGGGAUUUUAUCACUGGAUGCUCGAAGCCAUGGCCGCACUGUUAUGACAACGUUGGAUACGAAGACGGACGAUGCAGCUCCGGCUAUAUCAACUGCAGCUCAAUCCGAGUCCUCCGGAGAGGUCGAGCUCGAUCUCAGUCUCGAGACCCUGAGUCGGGAUCUAGUCCAUGUGAUCUACCAGACGCAAACCAGGAUGGGCUGGGAGAAUCUUCCCGAGAUUAUUCUUGUCGGACACAGUCUCGGCGGUGCAGUGAUUACAGAUGUUGCUAAGAAAGGAGAGCUGGGGCAGAAGUUGUUGGCAUACGCGGUAUUCGAUGUCGUUGAAGGCUCUGCAAUGGAUGCUCUCCAAAGCAUGGAGAAGUAUCUUAUGACACGUCCAACUCGGUUCCCCUCAGUUCUAUCGGGGAUUGAAUGGCAUACUCGCUCCCGCACAAUCCGCAAUACAACUUCCGCCCGUGUCUCGGUUCCAUCCCUCCUAUACGAAGAGAGCGAGCCCAGCGAUUCAUCACGUCCCUGGGUAUGGCGUACCAACCUCUCCGCAACGAAACCUUUCUGGGAGAACUGGUUCGUUGGCUUGAGCAGGAAGUUCCUCGAUGCGCGAGGCGGCAAGCUACUGCUACUUGCUGGCACUGAUCGAUUAGAUAAAGAGUUGAUGAUUGGGCAGAUGCAAGGGAAAUAUCAACUCCAGGUCUUUCCUGAAGCGGGCCAUUUCGUCCAUGAAGAUCAGCCGGCCAAAACUGCACAAAUCUUAGCAGAUUUCUAUCGGCGAAAUGACCGGAGCGCGUUGGUGCUUCCGCCUAAGGUCGCGGAUAUGCAGGCAUCGGCUGCAAUGAAGAAAGGAACAGGUGCUCCUGGUGGCUUUACGGGACAUUUGAAAUAA